CGCACGUGUAAUAUCGCGUAGUCUUCGUGUGUACCCAUCAGAGUUCAGAUGUUCAAGAUGUCAGGGCUGUGGAUAAUAUUCUUGGUGCAGAUCAUAUUGGUUGCUGGAGACUCGCCGAAAUGCGAGAAGUCAGACACCGCAUGCCUCGUGAAUACUGCGCAAGAGACUGUGCCGGUGCUGACUCCUGGCCUACCAGACAUCGGGGCACCGUCCCUGGACCCGUUACACUUGGAUAAAGUCACCGUGAACCUAGCAGGUCUGAAUCUGCUUGUCAGAGACGCAAACAUCAAGGGGUUGAGGAAGAGCGUUAUCGACAAAAUCGAAGUGGACCGAAGCAAGAAGAUUUUGGAGGUGAGGUACCACACAGACCUCGUGAUGAAGAACAAAUACAAGGCCUCGGGACAACUCCUCAUUUUGCCCAUUAGUGGUGAUGGAGACAUGACUUUGAAGCUGAAACAUCUGCAGGUCGACAUGACCAUGCCGUUCGAAUAUGGGAAGAAUGCAAACGGAGACACCAUUUUAGAUUUGAAGAGCUUCAGCCUGAAGUAUGACGUCAGGGAUAACGCACAUUUCCAUCUAACCAAUCUGUUUAAUGGAAACAAAGAAUUGAGUGACGCGAUGUUGAAUUUUAUGAACACCAGUUGGAAAAUUUUGACGGAAGAGUUUGGACUGCCCAUCCUGACUGCCGGACAUCAAGUCAUAUUUGACGCAUUAAAGGCGUAUAUGGCUACACAGCCUAUAGAAGAGUACCUCGCAAUGUCUCGCAAGAAAAAGAUUGUUUUACCGGUCGACAAAUGCAAGUUAACAGACUCAACGUGUAUGGUGCCAGCCUUCCAAAAGGCUGUCCCCAUUUUUAUGGCGGGACUGCCAGACAUGGAUGUCGCAGUCCUGGAUGUUAUGGAGAUGGAUGACAUCAAGUUCGACCUGUCUGGACUUCAGUUCAGCCUGACAGAAGGCCGCUUGAAGGGACUAAAGACUGCUGUCAUUGAUAAUGUCAAAUGGAGUGAGAAGAAGAAGAAGUUCGAAGUAGACUUCCAUGUUAACUGCAAUAUAAAGGGACACUACACUGCUGGUGGAAGGAUUUUGAUCUUGCCCAUCACUGGAGAUGGACAGAUCACUCUGAAGCUCAAAAAUAUUGUUGUCAAAUUCUUCGUCGACUACGACAUCGAAAAAAAUGCUGACGGAGUUGAGAUUGUCGUGCCUAAGAAGUACGAUUUCCAGUUUGAGGUCAAGGAUGGCGCUCACUUCACCAUGACUAACCUGUUCAAUGGAAACAAGGAACUUAGUGACACCAUGCACACAUUCCUGAAUGAAAACUGGAAGCAGAUAGCUACGGAGUUCGGCAGACCUAUAAUGGGCUCAGCAGCCAACACACUGUUCAAGAAUGUGUCCAAUUUCUUCAAGAAAUCGCCGAUCAAAGACAUUGCUGAACUAGCUGCCUAAAAGGAGAAUAAUUUUAUAGGUACAAUACUCGUAAUUAUUGGGAUUAAGGCUUAAAAUACACGCAUGUCAUGUACAGUCAGCGUCAAAUAGUUCAUGAAUCGUGACACCCAAAGGGACCAAAAAGUUGAUUACACAACUUUCUUUUUGGCUACUUUGGAUGACACGGACUAUUUGGCGCUGACUGUAUGUAAAUCUUUCGAACACGUUGCAGUUUAAAUUGGAAGACUUUCUUUAGUUACUGCAAUAUUAUACGAUUUUGUAUUUCUUCCAUCAUAAACUAUUAUAGUUAACUUGAUGUCAAUUGCCAAAAAAGUUUGCGCAAGAUGUUAAAUAAACUAACUGAUUCGUUACUAUUUAUGUUUUAUAUUAUUACUAUCUGCUGCUGGCCUGUUAUUUUAUUUAUUUCUGUUAUAAAUAUUUAUUUCCUAAUAAAUUCGUUGUGGACGAACUAUA